AUGUACUCCAGGAAUAGCUAUGGACGACACCGUGACAUCGAAGCACUAACGGAUAAUAUAGGACACUUGAGCUUCGAUGCGACAGAAAGCCCCUCUAAAUUCGAUUUUGAACCAAGCACCCCGUCCAGAUAUCGGGGCGAUUAUGGGACACCUUCGCCCACGAAGUCAGUAAAUGGUGCAAAUAUCUCUCGAGCAUCGAUGAUGGACGUUGAUGACGCUCCUUUCAACGCUGACGUCGAUUAUACACAAUCUCCAAAGAAGCUGCCGCUAGAUUUUCACCGUAAAGCUUCUUCAAACAAUACCAAAAGGCUGGUUAACGUUUGCCAAAUGUAUUUCUUGGACUACUAUUGUGACAUGUUCGACUACGUGAUCAGCAGAAGAGAACGUGCUCGACAGGUCAUGAAAUACUUGGAGCAGCAGCGUGUUCAGGGCACUGCAGGUGGGGAGCUCACAAGGGAAUGGCAUUCGUACGUGGAGAAAGAGACUGGAAUAUUGAGAAAUCGCAGACUGAAGCCUAAAAACAAAGACUUCGAAAUGAUCACCCAGGUAGGCCAAGGUGGUUACGGACAGGUAUAUUUGGCCAGGAAGCGCGAUACCCGGGAAAUCUGUGCAUUGAAGAUUUUGAACAAAAAACUGCUCGUCAAACUGAACGAGACAAACCAUGUCCUGACUGAAAGAGAUAUCUUGACGACCACUCGGUCCGAUUGGCUCGUAAAGCUUCUCUAUGCGUUCCAAGAUCCUGCUAGUCUGUACUUGGCAAUGGAGUUCGUUCCAGGGGGCGACUACCGGACUUUACUUAUUAACACAAGAUUUCUGCAAGCGCCUCAUGCUCGGUUCUACAUCAGUGAGAUGUUUUGCGCUGUAGACGCUUUGCAUCAGCUGGGCUAUACGCAUAGAGAUUUGAAACCUGAAAACUUUUUGAUCGAUUCUAGAGGGCACAUCAAGCUCACAGACUUCGGCCUAGCCGCAGGCACAGUCUCGAUGGAAAGAAUCGAGAGUAUGAAGAUCAGACUGGAAGAGGUCAAAACUCUAGACUUUCCAAAAUUCGAAGAGAAGUCCAUGACCGAUCGGAGACAGAUGUACAAGAAGUUAAGAGCCGACGACGUCAACUAUGCAUCAUCCACAGUAGGCUCACCAGACUACAUGGCUUUGGAAGUCCUGGAAGCGAAAAAUUAUGAUUUCACAGUCGAUUACUGGUCUCUCGGCUGCAUAUUAUUCGAGAGUUUGGUUGGAUACACGCCCUUCAGUGGAUCAUCCACUAAUCAAACUUAUGAGAAUUUGAGGUGCUGGAAGCAAGUAUUAAAAAGACCCAGAUGUGACAAUGGUCGUUAUGCCUUCUCCGACAGAACGUGGGACCUCAUUACAAGACUGAUUGCUGAUCCAAUGAGCAGACUUCGGUCGUUCGAGCAUGUCAGGAAGAUGAAGUACUUUGCAGAAAUCGCUUUUGAGAACCUGAGAAGCAUCAGUCCGCCAUUCAUUCCCCAAUUAGACAAUGAGACAGAUGCAGGCUACUUUGAUGACUUUAGCAGCGAAGCUGACAUGGCCAAGUAUGCUGACGUUUUCAAACGCCAGGACAAACUGACAGCUAUGAUGGACGAUUCGGACGUGGUUUCCAAAUUAGUUGGUUUUACCUAUAGACACAAGAAAGGCAAGAAUGGUUCUACGGGCAUCAUAUAUGGGGGCUCUGAGCAAGCAGAUCCGUUCGCAACAUUCUACUAA